AUGUCUCCAACUUCAGGAUUAUUAUUGGGUUCAUUACAUCAAUCUCCAUCACAAUCACAUCAACAAGAGAGAGUCAUUUUGAACAAAAAUCCAAAUCGUUCACAAUUACCAAUUAAAAACUUAUCAAAUAUCAGAUUACGUCGUGUUACAUUUGCAUUAGAUAAACUACCUGAUGAUCCUCCUCAACAAAUUCCUUCAAGAAGACCUAAAAAGGGCAAUGUCAUUGUUGUGGAAGAUUUAGUUGCAGGUCCUUCAAAGUUGAGCGUUGGUAUUACAAAUGAGUCUCAAAUUGAGGCUAAACAGUAUGAUGAGAAAGAUUUGAAGGCAGUCAUGGAAAACCAAAGAAGAGCAUUAGAAGAGGCUGAAAAGCAUGCACAAGAGGCUCAUUUCGCUGCAAGAAGAAUUGCAAAUGAAGUCAAGAAUUAUAAACAUUCCAAAAAGAAUGAAAAAGUUCAAGAAGAUGAAUUGGAUGUUGUUGCUGAUGAUGUUGGAAAUCUGGAAAUUGAUAAACCUAUUCAUUUACAUGAACAUCAUUAUGAAGAAGAGGAUCAUGAAACAGAUGAGGAUAUUCCUUUAGAAUUGAUUUAUACAAGAUGUUGUCAUUUAAGAGAGAUUUUACCAAUUCCUGCAACUUUAAAACAGUUGAAGAACAAACAUUCACCAUUGACAACUUUGAAAAUGUUGAAUCCAAAGCCAACUUUGAUUGAUGUUUAUUCAUUCAGUGAUUUCAUUGCAAUUGUUCCAAUCAAGAAUUUGGUCUUUGAUAACGUUUCCAUGAAUUCUGAAAUGUUGAAAGUUAUAUUAUCAUCAUUGAUAAACUCAACAACUAUUGAAAAAUUAUCAUUGAAAAAUGUUCCUAUUGAUGAGAUUGGCUGGAAAUAUCUAUGUAAAUUUUUGUCAAGAAAUAAAUCAAUUUCAAAAUUAGAUAUAUCACAAAUGAAGGUGAAAAGUGAUUUACCAUUGUCACAACAUCGUUCAGAAAUGGACUGGUCAUUGUUCAUAAACACUUUGGCACAUCGUGGUGGAUUAGUGGAGUUAAUUUUGAAUGGUUGUAAACUUUCCACAUUAGAUUUUUGCAGACUAAUUGAUGAAGGACUUUCAAUUUCAACUAAAAGAUUGGGUUUAGUCUCUAUGGAUUUGAACUUUGAUCAAUUGAAAAAGUUGGCGUCUUGGAUUACUUCAGAAUAUUCAACUUGUGAAGGUGUUGAUUUAGGAUUUAAUGAUUUAUCAAUUGACAAUAAUUUGAAACCACUUAUCAAGAAGUUGGCAAACAAUAAAAAUCCAAGAUUGGCUCAUAUGAGUUUCAAUUCAACAGGAUUAACAAAUGUGGAAGAUGCUGCUUUAUUGAUUCGUUCUUUAUCCAAAUUAACAAAUUUGAACUUUUUGGAUUUGAGUAAUUUGAAACAAAUUUUCCCAGGAAUUAUGCCUUAUCUAAACAAAUAUUUGCCAAGAUUUCCAAAUCUACAAAGACUACACCUUGAUUCUAAUGAAUUGAGUACAAAGAGUUUUAGCAUUUUGUCAGGUAUUAUUCCAAAAUGUGUACAUUUGAUACAUUUAUCAAUAAUGAAUCAAACUGCAAUCAGUUAUGCUGCAGCUGCUACUUUAUACAGUGCUGUUAAAUCUUCAAAAACAAUGUUGAAUUUAGAUAUUGAUUAUGAUUUGAUUGAUGAAAAGAUCAACUCAAGAAUUGCGGUUUGUUUAAUGAGAAACAUGGAAAGAACAAUGGGAGAUGAUUCACAUCAUCAUUUAGAUUCUUAUGAUGAUAUUUUAUUUGAUGGUUCAUUAAUUGCUGAAAGUGCUGGUAAAUUGUUGGAAAAAUUCAACACUAAUGAAAUUGAGAAUGAUGAAUUCAGUAAGAAGUUCCUUAAAAAGAAGUUUUUGAACAAGAUUAUGGAAUCAAGAUCAAACAUCAAUAAAACUAUUGAUGAGUUGUUGACUAAACAAGAAAACAAAUUGCUUUCAUUACAAGAAAAGGAAGAUUUAUUAAGAUUUUAUUUCUUGGAUAAUUCCCUAUUAAAGAUUUUAGAAAUUUUCCAAAAUUUGAAUGAUGAACAUUCUCAACAAUCUGAUGUCCAACCUCAUCAAAUGGUUACCGAAUUGAAUGAAGGUAAAGAGACUCCAAUUGAUGUCGCUACUGGUAAACCAAUCUUGUUGCGUUCUGUUUCUCAAACUUCAAUCCAGGCUAAAAAGCAAGAGGAAGAAGAAGGUGAAUUCCAUAGAUGGGGUUUUUUCGUUCAACAGCAACUCCCACCACCAAAUCAACAAGACUUAGCAACUUGGGCUAAAUUACCAUCUGGAGAAGAAUUAAGAGAUGCUGUUAUAAAAGCUAAAGGUAUCAAUUCGAUAAGUGAUUUGAUUGAUAAUGUUAAUGAGCAUAGAUUUAAUUUGGAUAAGAUUUAUCCAACGAUUAAAGAACAAUCAUCAAGCGCAACUAGUGAAAACAUUAGUGAUGAAAGUGCUGAUGAAUAUCAAGAAGUUGAUGAAGUUUAUGAUAAGUUGUUGAAUAGUUUACAAAAAGUUCGGUCAAAUAAGUGA